AUGGAGACUGAGGGAGUGGGACAGCAGCUAGGGAGAGAUGCGCGGGACAGGAGGACCAGAGGACGGACCCAGAGACACCCCUUUCUAUGCUUGGGAUGCUGGAGCUGGAGCUGGACUGGACAUGGAGCCAAAAAGAUGGACAGCACAUCAGUCGUGUCCACCAGGCCGAACCUAGUAGUAGAGGUAUCACCAUCUUCCAGUCGGGACGGGCCUUUUGGUUCUUGCAUCUUUUCCCGACCGUACUGUACUGGAGUACCAAACGUACGUGCCUGGGACGCCGUUCCACUGGCUGUUGUGUCUGCGCUCGCUGUCACCGACGGCGACCAGACGCGAGCUAGCCAGGAGACGCUCGCAGCUAACGGGUAUUUACUGUAUACAGUAGAGCACAGUGAGCACUGCACUUGCCCAACGUUUGCCGUGCAAGUGCUGCCCGUUCAGGACAAGCCCAGCACACGUAGCCUCCUGCCAGUCCCUGAAGGGGUAGACCGGAGCCCCUCUGAAGCACCGCAAGACCCAGCUGAAUGGGCAACUAAACGCCUCCCGCCCUCGCCGCGAGGAUCAACAUGGAUCAAGCAGCAUCUGAGGAGCACAGAAACACAGAAACACAGAAACAGAGAAACAGGUGCCACACCGCGUGCCGUGUCUAUCUAUCUGCACCAAGACUCUGAGUCUCUGAUGGAGUCUCAACCCCCGGAUCCUUACGAUAUUGCUGCCAAUAUGUACUGGACUGGUUUGCUGGCUCCGGGGUGCCCUGGCUGCCAGAAAAUGUCCUCACUUUGA